CACUGAGGCAAAUACUAACCAUUCUAAUACUUUCCAUCAAAAAGAGCAAAACCCCAAGAUUCCAAAGAAAAAACACAGGCAUCGGUCCACAGCUUUAAUCUUGCUGAUGGACGGCGCAAGUCCAAUCAAAUUUUCCUGUAGAGAAAUCGGAACCCUCCAAUCUUACGGCUGAGAGCCAAGUGCAUCCAUAAUCAAAGAAGCCUAUCACUUUAAAAGACACGUGUAUUCGUAUGGUUGGCCAACACAUCAAAGGCCCCUUUCUCUAGGUCGAGGAGUGCAUUAAGAUAAAGUGCGAAUCCACCACCGUCCGAUCCUUACUCCUCGCCACAUCCCGCCGUCCAAUACGUACAAAACGGGCACAAACUCUGUACUCUUUUCUCUGCAAGUUUCCCUCUGUCCAAACCCCAAAAACCCAUCCCAGAAAAAUAAAGAAAAAGGAAAAAUAGCUUAAUUUCCAUAUCCAUUUCAAAAUGCAAGCUCUUAACCGAUCUCCCAUGGCUCUUCGCCUUCAGAUCAUAUCUUCUCCUCUGUCUCAGUCUCCAAAGCCAAACUUAAUUCAGAACCUCCGCUCGUCUUUCACCGGAGUUUCAAUAAAAUUACGACCAAAACUUGCCGGAAAAGUUGCCAGAAAUCGCAGGGUUUCUGGCGCUGUGAUGAUGGAUAGUGCGGCCGCAAGCUAUGCCACUGCUUUAGCAGACGUCGCGAAACACAGUGGAACCCUAGAAACGACGAGCUCAGACUUGGAGAAGAUCGAAUCCAUCUUCAAGGACGAUCAAAUCUUUGAAUUUUUCACGAACCCUGUCGUCUCCAUUGAAAACAAACGAGAGGUUCUCGACCAGAUCACUGAAUCGGCGAAGUUGCAGAGGUCAACAGCAAAUCUUCUCAACAUUCUUGUCGAUGCAAAGAGAUCAGAGCUCAUCAGAGACAUAGUGAAGGAGUUUGAAGUGGUGUAUAACAAGCUUACUGAUACAGAGCUGGCCAUUGUUGGAUCGGUCGUGAAGCUCGAAGGCCAACAGCUUGCUCAGAUAGCGAGCCAGGUCCAGAGGCUCACUGGCGCAAAGAAUGUCAGGAUAAAGACGGUGAUAGAGCCUGAGCUUUUGGCUGGGUUCACCAUUAGGUAUGGGAGCUCUGGUUCAAAGUUGAUUGAUAUGAGUGUGAAGAAGCAGUUGCAGGAGAUAGCAGGGCAGCUUGACUUGGAGGAGAUGGUGGGUUCUUUCGCGGCCUAGAGAGAGAAAAGAUGGGCUUUUUUCAAUGGCUUGGUUGCGUUUAAAAAGAAAAAUGGGUAGGGAUCUCAUGAAGACUGGCUAUGGGUAAAGGGUGGGCUUUUGAGGUUUUCAGGAUUUCUGUCUCUCUCUCUCUCUCUGUGAAUGUAAGCCCCCUUCUACCUCUCGGAUUAUUGAAGGUUGCUCUCUUAAUCAAACAUCUCUCUCUGUGGAUCAAGAGGUUUUCUGGUUGAGUGUAUGGAGUAAUAAAUUGAAUGGUUUUUACAGUUUCCCCAUUCAAGAAAAUAAUAUCCCUUUAUAUAUUAUCGGAAAACUGGCCUGUACCUCUCCUGUGAAAAUCAGGGUUGAAUGCGCCCCUCUCGCUAUAAAGAACCUUACUUUGAGAUUUGA